UCCAAAACAUCUGAUAAAUCAAAAUUUAACAAAUCGGGUGAAGGUGGAAAUAUUACUCUCAAUUGUCUCAUCUUCGAUGAGAAAGUGAACGAUAUUUUUGAUGUAACGAUAUUUAACGCUUAUAACAAUAGAGUUUCUUCUCUCGUGAAGGCAAUCAAAACCUGUCAUCCAGAUCGAUUUCAAGAUAUAGAUUCAACUAGUUUGGAUUUAUAUAAGAUUGGGUCAGGACGUUAUCUGGUAGCAUUGCAAUCUACAAGUCACAAAAUAGUAGUACAGUUAAAAUAG